UGACAUCCUUCCAUGCUCACCACGCAUGUGCGGCUCAAGGAGCACGCAGCGCGGCGAUCGCCAGUACGCUGUGUCCCUCGGACACAGCGGAUCACGGAAAGAGCCGAAGAUGUCGGCUCGGUCAUGUGAUCAGCUGUGUCCAAUCACAGCUGAUCACAUACACCUGUCAGUGUCCAUCAGUGCCAGCAGUCAGUGCCACGUGCCAGUGCCCAUCAGUGCCACAUCAAUGCCACAUAUCAGUGCAUACCAGUGCACAUCAAUGCCACAUAUCAGUGCCCAUCUGAGCUGCCUUUCAGUGUCACCCAGCUGUGCCAGUCAGUGCCACCUAUCAAUGCCAAUCAGUGCCACCUAUCAGUGCUGCCAAUCAGUGCCACAUAUCAGUGCCAGUCAGUGUCGCCUAUCAGUGCGCAUCCGUUUUUCCUAUCAGUGCCAGUCAGUGCCGCCUGUCAGUGCCAAUCAGUGUCGCCUAACGGUG